AUGGAUCACUUCACGGGAAUAUCCCAACGUGAGAGCGAUAUUGUGUGUGGGUGGAACGAUGACUUAAACUGCUUCCAAUAUAGAGGCGAUAUAAAACGUUUUCCUCCGUUGGCUGGAAACAAGGGUAGAGGGAAAAACCUUAUAAAGCCCACUAAAUUGAGAGAGCAUGAUGAUAUAUACCCUCCCAUAGAGGAGCCAGUUUAUCAGGUCUCAAACGAAAGCCAGGGUAGCGCGGAUCCAAGACCUCGCUGUUGUGAUCAAUAUGAUAUCCCCUGGCAAGAUCUUUGCCUUGUAAACCAGAUACCACUUCUGAACAGCCUGUCGUCAAACAUCGGCCGUUUCGACGACGUCAUAAUCACUACUGUCAGCGACGACGAUGACGAGCCCCAUAACAAACCUGGCAGGGUCUUGGAGUGUCGGGUGCAUCCUAGCGGCAAACAAUACCUCCUGGUGGCAUGGUGGUUCAAUCGCAGCAUGUUGGCAAAAGCUUGCCCCAAGUAUGAACAUUAUUUGACCGGGAAGUGGCCACUGAAGGCGGGCUUCAAAUUUAUCCUUGGCUGCCAAUUUGAUGUCAUUGACAGUGACACCGUCUUACAGAAGGUCCUAAAUAAAGGGUAUUUUUGCACGACGAUGGUGUAUGGCGGGGUGUAUCACAAACAUGAGAUAUUCUCACCUGCCUCCGACAAAGACGAGAACCUUGAAAUUAUAGGUAUUAGUGGAGGUUCUCGGAAGCGGAAGACGGAGUUGGUACGGCAGCAAAACCUGCACUCCCUGCUGUUUGGAGGAGUGUAA